GCGUCCGCUGAACAACUUUAUCCUCGCCUCUUUGCUUCAGCUUUGUGUUUGCUUCUUCUUCUUCUUCUUCUCUUUGCCAUGUUAAUACCCCUAAGAUCGGGAUUGGGCAUUGGCUACUAUGGAGUGCCCAUGCUGCUGCUGCUGGCCUUGCUCUAUGCGCACGUUGCUGCCGAUCUCGGAUAUCGCGCCAAUGCCGUGCAUCCAGAUUACCCGGGACAAUGCUACUUUGAUGAAUUGAAGCAGCCCAUACCCAAGUAUCAGUCAUAUAAGCCCAUCAAUCGCGAGGGUCACUGCAAGUCCUUCUUCUGUCGACCGGACUAUGUGCUAGAGAUUGGCUAUUGCGGUCGACAUAAUCUGGUACCCACGAAGAACUGUAAAAUUGACUCUGAUAUGCGUCGCAUUUUUCCACAUUGCUGCCCCAAGCUGAUCUGCCAGAAACCGGAUUCCAAUGAUAUAUAG